AUGGAGCAGGCAUUGUACGAGGAAGCUGAGAGGACGAACCCACACCUGAAAGAGUGCAUGGCGGACACUGUCGCAGAGGAAACAACAGCUACCUCUCAGCCACCCCGUGAGAGGCUUAGGAUGCAGAAUUUCCAGAUACUGGAGCUAAAAACGGAGACUGACUGGAAAGUCCACGGGCAGAAUGUGCAGCACAGAGGUCUCUGCAGAGAAAGCUGCACUGAGAAGGGGCAGAGAUUGAUUGAACUAUGGAUUUUAUUUGAAAAGAAGUGUCUGGGCUUAGAAUCUGUACCUGGCCUCUGUUUUGUGAACCUGAAGACCUUUUACAGAAGAGUUGUGGUCUUUUUUUUCCCCCUUUUUAGCUUGAGGAACCUAGCCUGUGAACGAGCGCGUCAGGACCCUUUUGAACGCCUUCGGCUACCGUCAUUACGUCAUCUCCUACACGCUUUUUGUGCGUCUGCGCGCUGCUGGAACACAGUUCUGGUCUCCGUUGCCCGGGAAGGACGUUGGUGUUGGGGUGAGUCGGGGUCGCGUUUGUUUUGCACUCUGGGGUCUCACAACUGCCGCCUCUUGCACUUUGCGUAUUUC